UUGAGUAAUCUCUGUUGGGUGACGGGACUCCUCAGGAAUCCUGAGAAAGUAGGACGAAGCUCACUUUUCUUAUGUAGUUUAGUCAUUUUCCGCAUCUAGGCCGCUUGUUCAAGAAGUCACUGAACUUAACGUGAGCGACAGUCUGCGGCUUCACCCGCACCAUGGGCUACGGGAAGGUGUUAUCGGGGGUGUUAGGGGCAGCUGCCGUCAUCACCUUAAUAACAAUCCCAGCGGUUUAUUUCAGCAAUACUGGCGGUACCAAGAGGCCAUUCACCCUUGAUGAUUACUUCAAUGAUACCAUAAGGUGGAAAUCUUACUAUUUGCAUUGGAUAUCAGAUAAGGAGUAUCUGCAUAAAGCAAGAGAUGGGAAUCUCUUUCUCAACAAUGCAGAAACACAAGAGGAGUCACUAUAUUUGAGCAAUUUGACCUUUGCCCAAGUGAAUGCCACAAAUUAUUUACUGUCAGGCGAUCAUAAAUACAUUGCUUUGGAAAGCAAUUACACCAAGAAAUGGAGACAUUCAUUCACAGCCUCAUACUCCAUCUAUGAUAAGGAGAGUUCAACAUUUGUCACACCUGUGAGUCUUCCAACUGUUGUGCAGUACUUUGCCUGGGCCCCAACAGGAAACAAAUAUGCUUAUGUCUCAGACUUCAACAUUUUUUUCAAAUCUAAUGUCAAUGCUAAAACUGUACAAUUAACCAACAAUGGGAAAAAGAAUGAAAUCCUUAAUGGUGUCCCUGACUGGGUAUAUGAGGAGGAAGUAUUUGGAUCAAACGGGGCAAUAUGGUGGUCGUCAACUGGGAAAUUCUUGGCUUAUGCUGAGUUUAAUGAUAGAGAAGUUCACAAAGUGGAAUUUUCCUGGUUUGGAUCUGAGCAAUAUCCUCAAACAGUGGCUGUUCCAUACCCAAAGGCUGGAUCAAACAUUACCAAGGUGAAACUGUUUGUGGUUGAUACCACAAAUCCAUCUCAUCGCUCACAGGUGUUUCCCCCUGCAUCUGUUGCUUCUGGUGAUCACAUUAUGUGCUCAGUGACGUGGGUUACAGAUGAACGCUUCGCUGUGCAGUGGCUCACAAGGAAGCAGAAUUACGUGAUUGUACAGAUCUAUGACUUUGAUGGCAGCAACUGGAGAGCAAAGCAGAAAUUUGAGCAAACAAGCAAGACAGGCUGGGUUGGUCAUUAUAUGCCAUUGCCUUUAUUCUUUGCUGAAGAUAAACUCAGUUUCUACAAAGUGAUGAGUGACGCUCAGGGCUACAAACACAUUCAUUAUGUGAGAGAUGGCAAAGCAACACCUAUUACCUCUGGGAAGUGGGAAGUCAUCUAUAUAUCCAAACUAACCACAAAUGCCAUAUACUUUGUGAGUAAUGAAUACCAAGGAGUACCUGUUAAAAGAAAUCUUUACAAGGUUAUGAUUGGAACCAGUCCUUCUGCCCCUCAGUGCCUCACCUGUGACCUGUACAAGGACAGGUGUCAGUACAACUCAGCCUACUUCAGCUUUGACGCCUCCUACUAUCGAAUGGACUGCUACGGGCCAGGAUUGCCUCGCUACACACUCAUGGACAACAGGGGCCCAGGUGCACAGCUCUCCAUCCUGGAAGACAACAAUGCACUGGAAAACAUUCUGUCAGAAUUCCAGAUGCCAAAAAUGCAGUAUGGCACACUAAAGGUUGCAGGAUUUGAUCUUUGGUAUCAAAUGAUGUUACCGCCAAAUUUCAAGAAGUCUAAAAAAUACCCUCUCCUUAUUGAUGUGUAUGGUGGCCCCUGUAGUCAGAGGGUGGACUAUCGUUUCAAAUUGAACUGGGGCACGUACCUCUCCAGUUCACAUGGGAUCAUCGUCGCUAGCUUUGAUGGAAGGGGAAGCGGUUACCAAGGGGAUCAAAUAAUGCAUGCAGUCUACAGGCGCCUUGGGACAUUUGAAGUGGAAGAUCAGAUAACAGCAGUGAGGAAAUUCAUUGGCAUGGGUUUUAUCGACAAAGACAGAAUAGCAAUAUGGGGCUGGUCGUAUGGUGGUUAUGUGUCCUCAAUGGCCUUGGGUGCUGGAACUGGGCUGUUCAAGUGUGGAAUAGCAGUGGCCCCAGUAGCCAAGUGGGAAUAUUAUGAUGCAGUAUAUACUGAACGUUACAUGGGCAAACCCACAGAAAAUCCAGACCAUUACAAAAAUUCCUCAGUGACAGCCAGAGCAAAGAACUUCAAAACAGUAGAUUAUCUACUAGUUCAUGGCACAGCGGAUGACAAUGUCCAUUUCCAGCAGGCAGCACAGAUCUCUGCCGCCCUGGUGAACGAACAAGUGGACUUUGAGGCAAUGUGGUACACUGAUAAGGACCACAGGCUCAGCGGAUCCGCCAACCUUCAUACAUACACCCUCAUGAGUAACUUCCUGCAGAAAUGCCUCCUUAAUCCCAAAUAAACGUGAAGAAUGUGAAAGCAUUUGUAGCGAACAUUACUGCAGGUUUUUUUCUAAUUUGUAUACUUCAUAUCUUACUAAUAUUCUGAGAUGUCAAGUUUUUAUAGGCAAUGGAUAUUCAGCUAAAAAUACCAAAAGCUUCAGCAUGCAUUUAUGGUUGUGAAUAUGAUAAGUGAUUGUUCUGGAGUGGUAUUGGUUUGUGUUGCAGCUGUGAACAAAUGAAAGUCAAAUAAAUGUUGUUUUGUUUCAUUA